AUGGUGUCUAUUGAUAGAACUGGUGCAAUUUCUCUCUCAGAUAUCAGAGAUGGUGUUAGUCUUGAUAGCAAUGCCAAAUCUAUAGCAGUUGAGAUUCUUAAUGAAAAUGAAAGGCCAAAUCUACAUGGAGCUAUUCAAAAUUACACGGUACAUGGUCCAUGUGGUCCGUACAACAAGAAUUCACCUUGCAUGAAGAAUGGAUCAUAUUCAAAGUUCUAUCCUAAAGAGUUUAGACAGCGAAUACUCAUUGAUGAGGCCGGAUUUUCCAAAUAUAGGCGUAUUGAUAACGGUCGAACAGUGAAGAAAAGGAAAUGUGUACUAGACAAUAAGUUCAUUGUUUCGUAUAAUCUAGAAUUGUUGCUCAAGUUCGGGUGCCACAUAAAUGUGGAAUACACAUGCCAAACAAGUUCUAUUAAGUAUCUGUUUAAGUAUGUACACAAGGGUAAUGACCGCGUAACAACUACUCUAUACAAUGCUGGUGAUCCGUCAGAAGCCACACAAGUUGUUGACGAAAUUAGGAAUUACUACGAUUGUAGGUACAUUUCGGCAUGUGAGGCAGUCUGGCGUCUAUUUGGAUACGAAAUCCAAGAGAAAGAACCAUUUGUGAUUAUACUUCCAUUCCAUUUGGUGGAUGAGCAACCUAUGGUUUAUGGUAAAAUUUCUAAUGUGAAUGAUAUCGUCGAAAGAGCAAUAUCUCAUAAGUCCAUGUUUUUGGGAUGGAUGGCGGCAAACAUGUCAUAUCCCUAUACUCGAAGUCUGACUUAUGCUGAGUUUCCAACCAAGUUUGUUUGGAAGGACGAUUCUUCAAAGUGGUUUCCUCGAAAGAAAGGCUUCGCAAUUGAAAGACUCAUGUACAUACAGAGAGGAUGUAUGAGUUUUCGAGAUAUAAGAACAGUAGGAGGAACAAUUUAUGCUAUGUAUAGAGAUGCAUGCUUCGCCCUUGGACUCUUGCAAGAUGACAAAGAAUUCAUUGAUGUAAUUAAGGAAGCAAGCUCAUGGGCCUCAGGAUCAUAUGUUAGGAGGUUAUUUGUCAUUCUAUUAAAAUCCAACAAUAUCUCAAGACCAGAACAUGUCUGGGAUAGAUGUUGGCAUGAACUCUUAGAUGAUAUUUUGUAUCGACAGAGAGCUGUGAUGAACAUGAGGGAGUUAACAAUGUCAGAUGAUGAGAUUAAGCAGUUGUGCUUAAUGAAUAUAGACAAGAUCUUACAUUCCUAUGGUAAAACCUUGAAAAACUAUCCUCCAAUGCCUUUAGCAACUAAAGUUGAUAGUUCUUUGUUAACCGAAAGGGUUAUUAGGGAAGAGCUAAACUUUAACAGAGAUGAUUUAAAAUGUCUCAGACAUGUGCUCAAACUAACAAAAAAUAUGAGACUCUCUGUAAGGACGACUGCUUCAGAUCAAGAUGAGACAGAGCAAUUUGGUGAGUGGUUAUUGAAAGUUAGUGAUGGUCUAAUAGGUGACAAUAUGGAUGGUGAAUAUGAGAUAUGUCUUCCAGGAGAUAUUGUUAUUCCUUCUUCGGACCAGACAUUUGAUGAGUUAGUUCAUUUUUCUUAUCCAAAUAUUUUGGAAAACAUGUCCUCAAAAGAUUUUUUCAAAGCAAGAACUAUAUUGGCUCCCACACUUGACAUCGUUAAAGAGGUCAACAACCAUCUGAUGGCUAUCAUUCCUGGAGGAAAAAAUUAUAUCUUAGUUCGGAUUCCAUUUGUAUGGAUGAAGGGAAUAUGGAGAGUCAGCUAG